AUGUCUCAGCAUCAGCCUGCACAGCCUAAGUCAGUCCUUCGAGGACAUCGUACUCAAGUGCAUGUCACUACCUUCGUUAGGAGCAACCAAAGACUAGCAUCUGGAGAUGCGGAUGGAUUCGUGGUACUCUGGGAUCUUACCAUCAUGCGUCCCCGGGCUGUCUGGCGCGCUCACACAAACGCCAUCCUCGGCAUAUCCGACUGGGGAGACGACAAGAUAAUCACACAUGGCAGAGACAACCGCUUGGCAAUAUGGAAACUUGGGCUCCAAGAUGAGACUACCAUGAGCACCGCUCUGCCGCUCGACGAAUCCGUACCUGAGAGACCACAACCGUGGAUACUGCAUAUACUCCAUGUGAAUACUAUGAACUUUUGUUCUUUUACGUCUUGCCCUACAGCACCAAAUCUCACCCACGACGAGCUCUUCAUUGCUGUGCCUAAUACGCUUGAGACUGAAGCUGUUGAUAUUUUCCAACUUCCAAGUCAGAAUCGGUUGCAUACCGUUAAUAUAGGGGGUAAUACGGAGAAGAAAGGCAUGGUUAUGUGUCUAUGCCUAUUUUGGCAUCAAGGGUAUCUAACUCUCGUCGUUGCCUAUGAAUCCGGCCUUGCAGUAGUCGCGCGACUUGGAAAAGGUGGAACGUGGGACAUAUUAUACAGAGCACAGGUGCAUAGUCAACCGGUGCUCUCACUUGAUUUAGAUCCCCUCAAAGGUUAUUUCUUGACUUCUAGUGCCGAUGCUAUUAUCGCAAAGCACCCGGUUCCUACCGCAACUUUCCCUAUCCGGGAAUCACAACAUCCGGAGAAGACAGCUGAUAAGAAUGCCGAAGCCUCGGGUUCAUCGCUACUAUCAGCUGCACUUUCGUCAGAGCCGAAGCCCGAAAUACCCCCGAGACAGGAGAAGCUGGCUAUUGAAAAUAAGCCCCUGAAGACUAUCAAUACUAAACACUCGGGACAGCAAAGCUUGCGCAUCCGAUCUGACGGCAAGAUUUUUGCGACCGCAGGAUGGGAUUCAAAAGUCCGUGUCUAUUCGGCCAAGACCAUGUCUGAAUUGGCAGUGCUGAAGUGGCACGACGUUGGUUGUUACGCAGUUGCUUUUGCAACGUUGGAUAACGGUCAAAAAUCAGGCUCCCCGAAGCGAGACGUUAGCAAUGUUGAAUUUAGUAAAGGAUCCCAAGCUGAAGUGGUUGCUCCUAGUACUUCAGAUAGCCAAAAGCUUACCAGGAUGGUCGCGUCUAAGCUGGGCCAACUCAGCGUCAAGGAUCGACGGAUUAAGAUGGCGAAAGAGGCCCAUUGGUUGGCAGCUGGUAGCAAGGACGGGAAGAUUAGUUUAUGGGAUAUUUAUUGA